ACAAGAUUACAACUUGCAAUGCAUUUUCUUUUUCGUUAGGCCAGUAUGACACUGUACAAUAUCUAAUGGGAUUUGAUAUGAUUGGAUUUUGGGGUGCUCGGGGUGACUUGACAGCUCAGAGCUACAGGCACAGAGGAGGGAUUGGUCUGUUUCCUUUCGACCUCGCAUUCACCUCAAUCUCUCCACUCAGAGCCAGUGAAGCAACAAGCUGCGAUCGAAUGGAACAGACAUAACUGGAUAAACCAAGCGCCCAGCCAUCAUCAUUCACAAACUAUUUCAAAUAAACACACGCGCUGUAUUCCGGAGAAAACAUGUCACAAUUGUAUAAAGGUGACCAAAAUGACUGGGUGGCUGUCUGCUUGAAGUACCUUCUCUUUAUAUUCAGCUUCCUCUUCUGGGUUGGCGGCGCUGCUGUCAUGGCUGUGGGGAUAUGGACACUGAUUGACAAAAGUGACUAUGUGAGUCUGCUGGCAUCCAGCACAUUCACUGUUUCAGCCUACAUUCUCAUCUUUGCUGGCGGUCUGGUAAUGAUAACAGGUUUCCUGGGCUGCUGUGCUGUCAUCAGAGAACAGAGAAGCUGUCUCGCAGCGUAUUUUUCCUGUCUGCUGCUGAUCUUCUGGAUUGAGCUGGUGGCUGGCGUUCUCGCUUAUGUCUAUUACCAAAGACUGAGUGAGGAACUGAAGCAGCAUCUCAACCACACCAUGACUGAAAACUACGCACAGCCAGGAAAGAGUCACAUCACACAUGCCGUUGACAGACUUCAGCAGGAUUUCAAAUGCUGUGGCAGCAACCAUCUGUCUGACUGGCAGUACAGCGUUUACAUCAGCUCACAGGAGGCUGGUGAUCGAGUGGUGCCUGACAGCUGCUGCAAAACAAUAACACUUCAGUGUGGACAAAGAGACCAUCCAUCAAACAUCUACAAGGUGGAGGGGGGCUGUAUAACCAAACUGGAACAAUUUCUAGCAGAUCACCUUCUCAUUAUUGGGGCUGUGGGGAUCGGAGUAGCUUGUCUCCAGCUGGCGGGAGCAGCCCUGACUGCCUGUUUUAUCUAUCUGCUCUAUAAAGAAGAGGAAGAAGAGUUCUCUGACAUGUGAUUGAUCUGUGGAAUGAUUUUUACUUUUUGCCUGUAUAGAAGAAUUAAAAUGGACCCAUACUGAAGACCCCUGUACAAUCGCAAGCCAGGGAUAAACUGAUGCCUGCUUUUAAUCUCAGCAACACUCUUUACUCUUUGUAUUUCAGGAUGUGCCUGCAGGGUUGAAACAUUCUUCUCUAGAGAAGUUGCUUCUGAGCAUUUUUUUUUUUUUUUAAAGCUUAGGUUUCAAAGCAUCCUCCCAAGAACAAAAACAAGUGUUUUUAUUAAAGUGUCAAGACAUCUGGGAAUGUUAAGAUGUCACUGAAUUGAAAACAUGCCACUUACCUCACUUGAUGUAUUUUAAUGCUAUCUUGCAGAUUGUAUUCGGGUCAGUAUUGUACAAGCAAGUUUAUAAGGCAUUGUUUGCAGCUAAUGUCUGACAUUCUUUUAAGAUUUUCUAAUUAUGUUUUUGUAGUUUGUUCAAGGACAGCAUUGCCUAAUUGACACUGCUUGCUAUAAGGAGGUUCAUAGACCAUUGCUUGUCCCAAUUACUGACCAGCACCCUGCACUCUAAGGUGCUAGCUGUGCCCCUCUGUCACACAUUCGGGGCACUACAGUUCAGUAAUUCCAUAAAUCUGACUUGCUGUGGAAAUUCACUAUGUAGGUACCAUGUCAUUGUGUAGUUUAAAAAAAAAAAACACAUGUUAAAGCGUACUGUUAAAGUUUCAGCUUGAGUGCCUUACUUUCAUGUAGUUUCUUCUUCUUGUACUUCCAGGGCCAUUUCACUCCAGAAUUGUCAGAUUAAACAUAUUAAACACUGCUCAGUGGGGAUGAUACGUGACACUUCAGUUCUAUGCCUACCAUGUAAGUCGUUUACUUGAAGAAUGUAUGUUAUCUCAAGAUGGCGCAUACCUUCAACAUUAUGCAUUAUGGAAACAGCAGGACACAAUAGUGUAUGUGAUGCAAAAGUCAAGUCCAACUUUUUUGUGUUCAUGUUAAAAUGAUUCAGCUUAUGAAAAAAAAUUGAAAAAUGGGGGUCAUGUAUCAAGUGUUUGCAAGGACAUUAUUAUUUAAUGCCAUGGGGCAAUUUCUUAUGGUGUGGUUUUGAUUUUUCUUGUUUUCAUGGUAUUUAAAAUGUAGCAUACAGACUGAACAGAUCUGUUCAGAUUCCAGAGUUGAAAGUACUUUGUCACUUAAGGCUGAGAGUACUGCCCACAAACAGUUUUGAAGUUUUAUUUUCCUAGCUGUCACAGGGACAGACCUCAUUUACACCCUUUGACAAGGCAGAUCUGUGUGGGGAUUCAGUGAGAUAGAGCCAUGUGGGGAUUCAGUGAGAUAGAUCCGUGUGGGGAUUCAGUGAGAGAUCAGUGUGGGGAUUCAGUGAGAAAGAUCCAUGUGGGGAUUCAGUGAGAUAGAGCCGUGUAGGGAUUCAGUGAGAUAGAGCCAUGUGUGGAUUCAGUGAGAUAGAUCCACCUGGGGAUUCAGUGAGAUAGAUCCUUGUGGGGAUUCAGUGAGAUAGAUCCUUGUAGGGAUUCAGUGAGAUAGAGCCAUGUGUGGAUUCAGUGAGAUAGAUCAGUGUGGGGAUUCAGUGAGUUAGGUUGGUGUGGGUAUUCAGUUAAGUUGCCUUUCAACCGUCAAUUCAAAUCCAGUUCUAUUUUCAGAAACACAUGUGAGCUAUGUUCUCACUCACUUGCUAAUAAUGUAAUAAUCAUUUCUUUAAGGUGAAAAAGCGAGAAGUACUGUAAUUAAGUUAAUGUAUAUUGUGAAGCCAAUCAUGGUUUUGCAUACACAUAAUUAAGCAAUUCCUAAAUUUACUAGCUGAUUGCCUCCCCAAUGAGGUUUAAUGUUUGUUGAAAUUGUUUCAUAUGUAAGACUUUGCUGCUAAAUGUAUGAUUUGGAUUAUUGUAUUUCGGUAUGUGUGUAUGUGUGUAUAUAUACAGUG